CAGACGAGCGCCAGCAUCUACCUGAUCAACCUGCUGGUGGCCGACCUGCUGCUCCUGCUCGCGCUGCCCUUUAAGAUCACGAAGGACCUCGGGGUGGCGCCGUGGAACCUCAUGGUGUUCCACUGCCAGGCCAGCGCCGUCACCAUCUACAUCAGCCUCUACGCAUCCAUCGCCUUCCUCGCCUUCAUCAUCACGGACCGCUACCUGCAGGAAUGCCACACUGUGCGCUCUCUGCGGCUACAGGAGGUCGGCUUCGCCCGGCUGCUGUCGCUGGUCGUCUGGCUGCUGCUGCUGCUCAUCAUGGUGCCCAACAUGGCCCUGCCCAUAAAACAGGUCAAGGAGCAGACCUACCUCAGCUGCUCUUCUCUGAAGAAGGACAUCAGCCUUCACUGGCACACCCUCACUGUCUUCCUUUGCAUGGCGCUCUUCCUCAACGCCUCCGCCGCCACGCUCAUCUCCAGCACCCUGGCUGUCAAAAAGCUCCUGCGCAGCCGCAGCGACCCCAAACUCUGGGCGAACGCCAGGAGGGUGGCGGCAAGCGUGGCGGCUGUGGCGUUGGCCUAUGUAUUCAGCUUCGUCCCCUACCACGUGGUCCGCACGCCGUACACGCUGGCCCAGACCAAACUCAUCACAGACUGUGAAACCAAGAAGCGGCUGUUUCUGGGGAAGGAGUCCACUCUGCUGCUGAGCGUGCUCCACCUCUGCUUCGACCCGCUCAUCUUCUUCUACCUUAACGCCCCGUUCAGACACACCAUCAGGAAGCUGUUUCCCUGCCUCGGAAACCACGCCAUCAGAGACGCAAAGGAGGAGGCGGCAGAGGAAAUGAUGCAGCCGGCGACCUCUGCACAGCAGGAAGCUGCAUGCUAA